AUGGAGGCCCUCACAGAUCUCGAAGUCAGCAACCUGCACAUUCAAGAUCCCUGGUUCGAAGCCAUAGAACCCCUGACUUUGACUGAGGCCUGCCAGAUCGGUCGCGAGACAAGAGCAAGCUCCAUCGAAGAAUUUGAUGAGUCCGAAUUUGAGCAAAACCCCUUUCCCUUCGUCGGAGAGCGUGUCUUGCGAUGCUCCAUCUGUCUAUCUAAAAUGCGUCGGGACAAAAGUCCUCAUCGCAUGCGCAGAAUGCCCAACAUGUUGUCCAGCCUCAUCGAUAUGGACAAACGCGGGUCUUCGAGCGAUGAAAGCGUCUCCACAAACAACAGCAACAGUUCCACAUCGAGCAGCGUCACCAAAAGAGUCGCAGAGAAAGUGGCAAGAAGCUUUUUCACACUCAUGCUCUGUGGUUCAAACGGCGACUCUACUACUUCAUCUACCCAAGCCGCACCUCUGCCUCCUCCAAGACCAACCACAUUGAAAGGUCUUGAUCUCUACUACCCACCUUCCGUGAGUUACAACUCCAACGAAACACUCCACUCUUGGACCGGCGAAGACAUCAAAAAAACACCAUCGGUCCUGACCAAUUUCAACACAAACAUCUGGCAACAAACACGAAGAAACUCGAAAGCCUCCAUCAAGUCACUGCUCUCAACGUCUUCGACCUCAACAACUCAGCCUUCGCCGUUGGAAUCGCCAUUGGAGUCGCCAUUCGAGCAAGCGAAUCCAAUCGAACGUCGCGAGUGGAAUAUCGACGAGGACACAUCACCCGGUAGCAGUAUCUCCAUGGAUGGACCAUCAGACUACCAAGGUCUCGUCAGGGGUCUUGCUGAAAUUCGCAAGCUCAGAGAAGUUUCUGCCAUGGCUUCUGGACCUAGUAUCCCCCGCAGAUAUACUGCUGACUGGUAG